CGCCGGACGCGCCGCCGAUCGCCAUUCCGCCCUGCGUGGGCCGACCGGACCGGGCCGGCGUCUCAUUUUCGCGACCCUUCGCAAGAGUGCUCCCGGUGGCAGACCGCUGCCCUGUGCCCUAACCAAGCCUGUGGACUUCCCCGAGGACUUGUCUGUGGACUGGGUGGACUGUGCAGGAGGAACCUGUGGAGCGCUCUAGUGACUGCCACUCCGGAUGGGCAGGAGGGAAGGCCCUUCGAGGAGGCCGUCGAGGACGUUGCCGAGGACGUCAGCCAGGAUGGGGCGGCCCUAGAGUGCGCCGCCACGGGCAGUCCCUGCCGCCCUUCUCGGAGAGUACACGAUGGAGAGCUGCGGUUCUUGGAUUGACGAACUGCUUGACUCGAAAAAUUCCUCGAAUGAAAAUGGAAUCGAAGAAGCACCCGUGAAGAGGUCGCGGACGUUUUGCCUUAGUUUCAGUGCUAUCAGUAGAGGGUUGAGUCCCUUUCUAGACAUGUGGAUAUCAUCGGGCAAGAUUGAUCUGGUCAACCUUCUCAAAGAUGCUAUUUUUAAUGAUCUUAUUGAUGAAUGUAGGCAUAACAAUCCUGGAGCCAGGCUGUCAAGCCAACUUCGCACUCGCCUUGAAAGGCUCAGCUCAGAGAAUCGCACGGAACUAGUCAAUCGUGUCAAAGAUGGCUGUGCUCCUCUUUUCAUAGCUUGCAUGAGAGGACAUGCAGAAAUGGUGGAGUACCUUAUAAAAGUAUGCGGAGCAGAUGUUGAAGAGAGGGGUCUUUAUGAGGUGCCAGAUGACCGAUCCGUCCAUUUUGUGACACCACUUUGGUGCGCUGCAGUGUCAGGAAAAUUGAAUGUGAUCAAAGUUCUUGUUGAAAAUGGUGCUAAUGUGAAUGCAGCUUCAGACAGUGGUUCUACCCCUGUGAGAUCUGCAUGUUUCAUGACGCACAUGGAAAUUGUAAAAUAUCUAGUUGCUCAUGGGGCCGAUAUAUUGAAGCCUAACUACAAUGGUGGCACUUGCCUUAUAAACUCUGUGCAAAGUGCAUCCUUAUGUCAGCUUUUACUUCAGAAUGGUGCUCAAGUAAAUGUUCGAGAUAUACAGAAUAAAACUGCUUUACAUUAUGCAAUUCAAGAGCAUAGAUGUGAGACUACUGCAUUACUAUUGGAUCAUGGGGCAGAUCCCCAUGCUCGAUCUCGCUUAAAUGAUGAUGCAUUACGCACAGCUUGCCUAAAAGGAGCUCAAGCCAUUUUUGACCUUCUUCGUGAGCGAGUUAAUUAUGAACCUGAAAGACUUGCUGAUGCUUAUGAGUUGCUGGGCUCAACAUUACUGGAUGAGCAUAAUGACACCCAAAGUGCCUUACAACAUUGGCUUACAGCUGUCCAAAUACGACUUGCUAAUGGUCAAAAUGGUCAGCCUAUUCCAAAACGCCCAGUUGUGCCUCUAAGAGAGACAUUUGGCUAUGCUCGAGAAUUUAUUACCGAGGAGGAACUGAACUCUCUAGACGUAGAUGCUAUGCGAAUGCACAGCUUAUUAAUCUGUGAGAGGAUCCUAGGGGAGCAACACAAAGACACUCUGUUCCGCCUGAUGUACAGGGGGGCUGCCUAUGCUGAUGCUCUGCGUUAUCAACGUUGCAUUGAUCUGUGGAAACGAGCUCUUGAAGUUCGCAUCAUGAGAGACUCCAUUAUGUCUAGUGACACAUGCUUUACUGCUCAAGCUUUAGUUCGGCUAUUUGUGGACUUAAAUGAGAAAUUAUUACUUAUUCAUGACCCCUAUGAAGAAGGGAAAAACCCACGAUUUGAUGAUGUUGCGGCUGUUUUUCUAAUGUUAGCUCAACCUCUUGUUGAGUCCCGUCCCUUGUUUGAGAUUCAUCCUGUGAAUAAACGUCAACAAGAGAGUUAUGACCGUAUUUUGAAGUGCAUAACUCAUCUUGUCUAUCUGCUAGUAAAGACUGCUAGAACUGAGGACGAUAGACAAAGAGUGUAUAGCCUGAUUACAAAUCUUGUUCGUUAUAAUCCCUGUUCUGCUUCCACUGGAGACUCGCUCCUACACCUUUGUGUCUCAAGGCUGAAUACUAUUAAGAGUAGUUACUUUGCUGAGGAUACUCAGGUGAAUCAGGUUGUGUUCCCUGAUUUAGAGGUGACAAGAGUCCUUCUUCAGUGUGGUGCUCCAGUCAAAGCUUGCAACAAAUCACGCUCCACACCUCUCCAUGUUGCUUCAAAUCCUUACAACUUUGAUAAUUCAUUAGUGAAGCUUCUUCUGGACCAUGGUGCUCACCUAGAUCAAUCAAAUAAGAAUGGAGAGAGACCAUCUUUAAGUAUUGGAAGCAACACUCGAAGUUCUGUAAAUCUAGUUAAUUAUACCACCUUAUGUUGUCUUGCAGCAGUUGUUGUAUCUAAAAACAAAAUUCCCUAUCGAGGGCAGAUUCCUAGUACUUUGGAGAAUUUUGUUGCACUUCAUGAGCCCUCACUUUGAGCAUGAUCAACACCCAUUGCAUUUACUUGAGAAACCAAAUGAACUAAAAUAUUUGAUUAGGGUAAGGUGCCUUUUUACGCGCAAACAGAUUUAUCAAAGUGACAUCCUUUGUGUACCUUUUAUGUUCUAAAUUCUUAGUAUUUGACUCAUGCCUGACCCAUUGUUUCUUUUCUUACCAUGUGGAGUGGAAUUUUUGUGCUGGCUGGAAAAGUGGGAUACGGGUGGAUGAAUGCCUGUGUGUGUGGAUGGUGGUGGAGUGUCCUGUUAAAAUAAUAAUCAUCACAUAUUCUGGCUCAUUAAUUCAUAAUUAUAAUAAUGGAUGGGCACAAGGAUCACAAAGGCCGUGAUAUUCAUGCAGUGAUUACUGAUUAUCUGUGUUUGUGGUUCCUCUCUUAAAACUUGAGCCGCGUUCGCGGUGGCUUCUCUUGCUUCCGCCAGGGCCCUCGGGGUGUAUCAGUGUACCAGUUCGCGGUUGCAAGGGUGUCCCUGCCCCUGCUGGGCCUGCAUUGUAACUUCCAUAGGGAUCGCGUCGUACACCGUAGCCUCUAGACAAACAAACUGUAACUACACUUGUUGCUAGGGACACCAAAAACCUGAAGCUUGUUCUUGCCCUUAUGUCAUGCAAUGUUCUCAUUCUCUCAUUUUAAAUUAAUGUUUAGCUGUAUGAAGUUCAUGUCAGUUUGGAGUCCAGAGGAUAGUCUCUUUUGUUAUCUUCUUACUUCUAGUGAUUUUAUCUGAGGUUUUUUUUUUCAAUUGAAAAUCUGUACUUCUUCAUGUGCUUGGGGCCAUCAUUUUAGAAGCAGUCACUGCAAUGAAUUGUUGCUCCUUUUCUGGUGUGUUUUUUCUUUCCUUAUGCAUAGUGUGUACAGAAUUUGACUUUUUUAAAUGUUUAAUUUUAUCUGUCACUCUGAGGCAAGGAGCACAUGCGACAUCUUUCAUUGUAAUUGUUGCCACUGUUUUAGAAAGUAAUCAACUGUAUUUUUUUUCUCUAAUGGUAACAUUUAGAACAUUUUGUUUUUGUUAAAUGAGUAUUGUUAUGUGAUAUGAUUAUUUAUUUCUAUGUCUGUUUUUUUUAAACUGAAUAUGUUCUGGUGUACAGUUAUUAGCAGAUAAAGAAUUGUUACACACUGGA